GGGAGGUGCCAUCUUAGAGGAGGGCAACGGCGGCGUUGACGCCGACGACUAGAGUUCGGUCUUCGGCCCGCAAAGAAGAGGUCGAAGUGCGGUGCUGCGAAAACCGAGGACUUGGUGUCGUCGUCAUAUUAUCGGGGUUCGGUAAAGUCCCUGCGCAUGGGUGACAAAGGCCUGGGUCCCUUCCCUGUGUCUCCGAUGUACAGACAGCGGCUUCCUUGCGUGUAAUUUAUUGAAUUCCUUUUCGUCAGGGGCGGCUUCCUCUAGGCCCCGGAGUCUGGGAUUCGGCCUGUGUUUAUUUCUCUGUUCCGGCUUUUCCUGAGGCCUGCUCUUUACAUUCUCGCCUUAGCUUGCCCUUUAACGCCCAAUUCCUAAUUUCUGCAAAAGGUGUUUUGCUGUAUUAUUUAAUUUCUUUAUAAUCUCCCCCCCUAACACGCCAGACUGGGGGAAAAAAAUCUCUUCUGUUCUUUUUUCACCUUUUUAGGUAAGUGGUAUCAGCAUUACCACUCUCUUUCUGAGCCACCCCCCUCUUCAAUAUUUGGUUAAAUAAUUAUUUUCUCUCCACUUUUCACUUCCUUAAGGGUUUAGAGGGCGGGAAAAAAAGCCUAGCAGACGUUGUGACAUUUUGGAUUUAAAAAUUCCUCACCUGAUUAUUUAAAGCCAGUGCUUGUUUGUUUGACAAACACAUUUUUAAAAUAGAAAUGAAUAGUGUUUAUUAUAUUUGACAGUGACAUUGGAGAUUUUCUAUGAUAUGAAGGUUAAUAUAGUAGGAUAAUUAAUUUAGACUUCAGCAUUGAAUUCUGAAACUUUUUUUGUCAUUCUUUUAGGCUAAACACAAAAUACCAUUUUAGUGAAGGUAAGGGUUCCUUUUGAUUGCAGGAAGAUAUUUUAUCUCUAUUAGAUGAUUUAAAUAAAAACUAAAUAUAAGUUAAAUUAUGGUACUUUCCACAGCAGUCUCUUUGCUUCUUAAAAAGCAUAAUGGUACAAGGAGGAAAAAAGCUAUUAAUAAAGCUAUAUUAUAGUAAAUUAUGCAUACAUUUUAUAUUAGUUAUGAUAAACUUCCUAUAUUCUUCACUUAUUGGAUAUGGAGUCAGUAUUAAUACCUGCUAGUUUAAAGAAUCAGUUUUUCUAGGAAACAACAAUUAUAGUGGACUCCAGGUAGCUACAGAAACAUAUCCAUGUGCUUGUCUUGGGAACUAUGUGCAAGUAUUUUGCAAUUUCCUUAAAACAGCUGUGACAAAACAAAAAGUAAAAUGGAUAGUCCUGAAGAUGAUGGCUAACCUAUUUUGCCUAUUUUCCUGGCACAUAGAACACACCACCAGCUAGAAUUGCAUUCUAGAAGGUCCGCACACUAUAACAAAUAAGGCAGAUUCAGUAGAAUUUUAAAAGCUAGCUAAUGUAAUGUCAAGCACUUUUGUGAGCCAGAGUUGGCUUUACCUGAAACCUGUACUGGUAGGGAAAAAAAACCCCUAGGAUAGUUUUAGGGUAAAGAAAAAAUAAAUUCACUUUAUUCUGUAUUUAUAUUCUAUUUUCUGUGUUGUUUGAUAUUGAAAGCUUAGCGCCUAUUUUUUAAAUGCUGUCUCUGACAGCAGAAUCCAAAAGCAAUUUAGAAGGAACUAGUGCUGUACUUGUAUAUGAUGAAUAUUGUUCAGCCAUUUGAGAUGGUUGGAUAUUUUUGAUAAGCUCAUCACUCUUCCCUUCCAGAACAUGCAGAAAGGCUUUCAUAACAAACAUGCCACUUUUGUCUCAUGGAUGGUAUGUUCUCAGAAAGGAAACUAAUUCUUAUUUGCAUAUUAUGAACAAAUUUAAGCAUUAUCCCCCCCCCCCGAUUCUUCGUUCAAGAAAUAACUUCUGUAGGCUCCUUCUAUGCAAACCCAUGAAUAUCUAUUCAGAACUAAGUUCAGUUGAGUUGAAAGGAACUUACUCCCAGGUGCAUAUAGAGUUACAGGCUCAAAGUACAAAUAUGGAUGUUAUAAAUUCUUUCUUGAGAUAAGUGUUUGGAUAUAUGCAAACAUUACUGUAAUCAAAUCUUUUUCCCCCCAAUCAGAAGGCUUUUAAGGAGAUUUGCUGUCCUUUGACAAAUCAUGUUGUAAUUGAGAAAAGAGUUAAUUAGUUCCAACAAUCAUCAAAGCAUUAAAGAAAUAGUUUUAGGUGACUUUAGUCGAUAAACACCAUCCUAUAUAUUGGUAGGGGUAGCUGAGAAAUUGGAUACCAUUGUCCCAAGUAGUCAUAAGUUUAACUGCCUUCUUGUUACUUUCAAUAACAAAUUCAGGACAACAGAUCUCUUGACUCAAGAAACAAGGUCAGAUCAUAUUUUCACAGUUUUGAUUGUUUUACUUAGAGCUUUGGCAAUUACAUACAUCAGUGCUGUGAAAUGGCAGGUUAAUUAGCAAAAUGAUGGCUCUAAUUUUGGCUGUUUUUAGCAGUUUAAAAUGUAGAUGAAAAGAUUCCCUGUACAUUCUUUCCAUUAUUAGAAUCAACUGAUUUAUAGCUUCUAAGUAUCUUGUAGAUAUAUAAAACAUCCUCUGUCAUCUGGAUAUGCUAACUUUCAGUGUUUUGUAGUCAAAUGGAACAAGUUGAAGUGAGCAGAAAAAUAAGAAUCUAAGAAUUUCUGUGUUUUGACGAUUCACUUUAUAUUGCUGGAAAUAGCACUCCUUCUCCAAAAGGUUAGCUAGUAGUAGUUGGCCCUCUUCAGGCUUUUGUACCAACUGAAUUCAAAAUUACUCAGCUUUAUAAAAAUGCAAUUUAAAUACAGUAAUUGGCUUCCUUCUUAUUAUUGCAUUAAAAGAUGGAAGAAUCAUCUUUUUCACAUUAUUUAAAAUAGUUGAGGUUUUUAAUGUAGCAGUGGAACAGUUGAAUAGUUCUGGCUUUACCCACAGGGUAACAGUUAUCUGUUACCAAAGUUGGUGGUAUGUUCUUAAACUACAACAGACAGUAUGCAAAAUGCUUGAGGUAUGUAGCUGAAUGAACUAAAUGUAUGGGUACCAUAAUACUGUUCCCAAAAUUAUCCAGUGUGUAUGAAAAUGAAAAGCUCCUAACAAAAUUAUUUUAGUUUUGCUUGUUAUGGCAAGUGUAUUAAACUUUGUACACCCAAAGGGCAACUUGUCAAAAACAUCUUUUUUUCCCCAUUUUUAAGGCAAUUCAUCAAUCCAUUAUGGAUUUUUUAAUAUAUUUAUUUAAAGUAGAAUGAUUAUGGCAAAUAAUGAUAUGUCUUUGACAGAAACCUUUUUCCUUCAUUCAGAUUUCUCCAUCUGGAGCACUAGUGUCAUUUUGUGCAAGCAAGACAAGCUUCUGUAUAAAAAAGAAAAGAGAUGCAAAUAAGAAAAACAAAUUAUAGAUGACAGAUUUCUUAAAUUCGAAUUGUUGAAAUAAAACAUGGACAACUAAAUUAAAAAAAAGUCCCUCUACUCUUUUAGAGUUGGAAAAAUAACAUACCAUAAAUAUCCAAAAACAUAUUAUUUUGUGUGGAGUAAAAGUUUCCAACGUAUUGUUCUUCAUUCAUUAAAAAUUACAUAUGCAAAAUGAUAUUUGAAAAGAAUAAAUUCUGCUCUUAUUAACACACACUUUAUUUGCUGUGUGACUGAAGAGGCAUUAAUUGUUAGGAUGUUAGACCAAAGAUAUUUCAAUCUUAUCACUGACAAGCAGCAACAUCUUUUUUUGCAGGGAAAUUUUGCACUGCCAAUGAGAGAACAAAAUUUAGAGUUAAAAAAAAAAAAACUUGAAUAGCCUGGAAGUAAAACAUAUUUUUCUUGAUGUUAUGCUGCCAAAUAUAUUGCUUUUGCAAGUUCAAAUAAUACUAUACAAAAAUUAAUGCAACUGAUAAAAAAAUAGUUCUUAUAAGGCACCCUUACACAUGAUAUGUGUAAUGUCUGACUAUAUGCAGUAUGAAUAUACCUAUUUAUGUUUGUACUGUAUGGUAAACUAUUCAUCUAAAAAUUUAAUUACAUGGAAAAUUAAUCUAUUUUGAUUUAUCCAAAUUUUAUUUGCAAUGUAGAUUAUUAAUAUUGUCCUUGCAUAUGCAUUUUUACAUGUAUAAGCACAUAAUAUGCAGCUUUAUGUGUAUAUACAUAUCUGACUUUAUAUCUACCAACAUUUUUACUAUACAGUUAAUAAAGACCGGGGAAGAUUUUUUUCUUUUUUUCAAUAGGUGAAGAGAUCUCGAAGACCAGAAAUUGAAACAUUGUGUUUUAAUUUUAAAAAAAAAAAAAAAGUAAAAUUGCCUGGCUGUGGAAGAUGGAUCUUCUUUGCAGCUGGUUUGAAACACAAGUUCCUCUUUAAAUGAACUGUUUAUUUUGAAGAGGCAAUUAACCACUGCUUCCAGCUUUCCUGGCUAUUCAAAUGGACUUACUUUCUCCAGUAGUUGUAAUUCACCCUUUAUCUGAAUUUUGAAUGAGGAUGAGAUUUGUUUCCUUGGCAAUGUGAGGAAGAAAAGUCUUUCUAUCCCGUUAUUAUUUCAUGGAUUGAGUGUUGAUUCGACCUACAGGAGAAAAAUAACUGGAAGUCUUUGAAGAUAGUAUCUGCUGAUCAUACCAAGAUUAUGUUCUAAAGAAGAUAUUGCUAAAUCCAGCCUAUAGAAGAUUGUACCAUUUUAAACAUCGCUGUGAUUAGCCAUCACUGAAAAAUAACAAAAUUGUAUUCAGCCAUUUGUUUCUACACCUUAAACUUGAAGGAAGAUUCAUUUGAAUAUGUCUAACCAAGGAGAUGAUUGUUACUUCUAUUUCUACUCUACUUGUACUAAGGGGGAUAAUUGCCCUUUCCGUCACUGUGAAGCUGCCCUUGGAAAUGAAACUGUGUGUGUGCUUUGGCAGGAAGGUCGAUGCUUCAGGAGUAUCUGCCGCUUUAGACACAUGGAGAUUGAUAAAAAGCGCAGUGAAAUACCAUGCUUUUGGGAGAAUCAGCCAAUGGGUUGUCAGAAAUUGAACUGUGCUUUCCACCACAACAAAGGACGUUUUGUGGAUGGGCUUUUCUUACCUCCAAGCAAGACUGUUCUUCCAAAUGUGCCUGAGUCUCCAGAAGAGGAGAUGAAGACUACACAGCAAAACAAGCUUUCUGUUCAGUCCAACCCAUCACCUCAGUUGCGUGGAGUAAUGAAGGUGGAAAAUUCUGAAAAUGUUCCCAGUCCCACACAUCCACCUGUUGUUAUUAAUGCCGCAGAUGAUGAUGAAGAUGAUGAUGAUCAAUUAUCUGAAGAAGGUGAUGAAUCUAAAAUGCCUACUCAACAACCCUCUACAGAAGGACCAAAUGGACUGCGGGUAAUUUCUACUCGAAAAUCAGUGACUAGUACAAAUCAAGAUAAAGAUAAAAGUUUGAAUUUUGGAAUCAAAACUCUUGAAGAAAUAAAAUCAAAGAAAAUGAAAGAAAAAUCAAAGCAGCAGAAUGACAUUCCUUCUGAAGUGACUGCUCAACCAGGCCCAGAGAAAGAAAAUGCACGAACUGUGGUCAGAACUGUAACUUUAUCUACGAGGCAAGGUGAGGAGCCUCGUAUUCGACUGACUCUCGCAGAGAGAUUGGGGAGAAGGAAGUCUCCCACGGUUGCUGAGACUGGACUUCCAUUAAAGCGUAGCCUUGCUGAAAGACUGGGGAAAAAAAUGGAUUCCCUUGAAAAUACAGAAAAAACACCAAAAAGAGUUCAAGUUCCCAGGUCUCUUAAAGAAAGACUAGGAUUGCCAUCUGAGCAAAGCAACAUGGACACAGAGUAUGCUGCCAAACCAACUGGUGAAAUCUAUGUGAAAACGCUUGAAGAAAUUCUCUUGGAGAAAGCUAGCCAGAAAAAGGGAGAAAUACAUCCCAAACCCAAAGUUGAAAUGGCUUAUAUGACAAAUGAUCCUAAUCCAGUGGCAAAACCUCCUACAGUCCGGAUCAAAACCUUUUCUGAAGUCUUGGCUGAGAAAAAACAGAGGCAAAUGGAAGAGGAGCGAAUAAAAAUUGAGAAAGACGGCUUUGCCAAAUCAAAGCAUGAGUGUGAAACUCAAAAAGAAGGGUUUCUGGGUAUAGCUGUAUCUAGAAGAAGAAGAUUGGAAGAGCCUUCUGGCAAAGCCAAAGACUUUGGGGAAGUGCGCAUCAAAACUCUGGAGGAAAUCAAGCAGGAGAAAGCUCUCCGCAUGCAGCAAGGUGUGGACAGCACGUCAAAGACACAGAUGCAAUCUGAACGAACUAUAACUGGGAGGAGAAUGUUGUACGUUACAAAACUGACAGCCCCAGAAAAAGAAGAAAAAACCCUGGUAUUGAGGUCUUCUCCAAAAGCUUCUACUGCAGACAUUGCUGCAAAGCCUCUGAAUGACAGUGUGAGUAAUUCACAUUCUAAAGUCUAUGUGAAGAGCUUAGAAGAAAUAAGGAAGGAGAAACAACGGUUAAAGCGGCAGCAACAACAGGAGGAAAAGCCCCAGGAACAGCAAAUGACUGUGCCACUUGCUGGGGAAGAAAUAGCAGAAGGCAAGAUCCCAGAACUGACUACAAAUCCAGAAUCCCCAGUGACUACAGGGAAAACCCGUCCACUUCCAAAAAGAUUGUUGGUGAGAUCCCAGGAGGUAACAUUGGAAGAGUUGAGAGUUUCCCCUCAAACCACAGAACCAAGGACUAAGGUCAAACCCAAGAUGAAUGUGAAACCAUCUGGAGUGAAACCCAUUUCUCCAGCAAAGCAGGCACUGAAGCGAAAAGUAUUGGAGAGUCAUCCCUCUGUUGUUGCUGCAGUGAAGCCUCUGAGCCCUAUCACAAACACGGAAAUGAAAGAGUUCGCUUCUGAAAACACAGCUCUGGGAAGCACCCCAGAUCUUUCAAAGGACAGUAUAACCACUAUUCCUAAGAGAGUGGAUUAUAACAGCUCUGAGCUGGACAUGGAAAACCAGGUAGCUUCCACGUUGCAGGCAGAGAUAGCAAGCCCAAGUUCCUCCCGUGCAGCAGUAGUGAAGGCUCGCAGACUGAGCUCAACAGGAACUGGGAAGACUCCAUCCUCAGUUGAAGAUGACUUUGAGAAGCUGAUUUGGGAAAUCUCAGAAGGCAAAUUGGAAGCAGAGAUUGAUCUAGAUACAGGAAAAGAUGAGGAUGAGCUCCUGCUUGAACUUUCUGAAAUGAUUGACAGUUGAUUGUGCCACAUAGCUUCUUUUUGAGAGAAAAUAAAAGCUGUAUAUUUUGUUGGAUAACAAAGAUUACCCUUUCUAGUAGAGGAGAUAUGACAAGUCUUAAAGCACACUUGAAACUGCUUGAGGAACUUGGCUGCGUUACUUUAUCUUGAAUUACCCUGCUGGUCAGAGAUAUGUCCCAACUAUUGUUCCUGCCCACUUUAAAUAUUUUCAGAAUGAAACCAUGAACAUUUCAGCUAGAGAAGAUCCAAGACUAUUCACAGUUCUGAACAGGGCUAACUUGCUCCAGCAACUCUUCUUCAUCACAUAUUUUCUACUGAAUUGUCAUAUCUGUUUGUCAGCUGUGUGGCAAAGCUAGUAACAUCUGUGUUUCAGAUGUUUCCUUUUGCUUUUUGGGGUAAUUUCUGUAUUUUUGAGUCACCUCUUGAGUUAUGUAAUUUUUAAAGAAAUUCUAAGAAGAGCAGAACCAUUUAUAAUACAGAGGAAGGGAAAGUAAACUUGGACCAAACCUACUACAGGUGGAACUUCCACCCUUAUACUGUUGAAAGUGAAGCAACAUUUAUAUCGAAGAUGGAACAGCACAUUUUAUUCUCAUCCCACUCAUCGUAUGCCAUUUUGACUGGUUUUACAUGGCACAUAGAAAUACAUGGGGGAAAAGUUGAACUCCCUUUCUAAUUUAUUCGUUUAAGAAAUAAUUAAAAACUUGUCCUGAAAGCAUGUGCAAAAUUUAUUCAAAGUUUCUUUUUUCUUUUCCUUAAACGGAGAACAUGAUGGCCAGUUCUGCUGGCACUGCAUGGGUCAUUUUAAGCCAAUCUUGGGAAUGUUGCCCUCUGACAGCUUAAACAGUUGGAGAGCUUGUUUCUACAGAUGCAGACAUCUCUGCCAGACCCUCUGGCUUUUUAGUUGCCCACUUACGAACUUUCCAUAGCAACAUUUUCAGCCACAUUUCCGUCUGAGUUGUGCGUUGGGGAUUUUCGCAUGGGCUCAGCUGUGGCCAAGUGAAGACAUGGGAAUAUUGUUUAUCCUGCAAUUCUUGUCUCGGUAUUUUGUAUAAUCAUUUUUUCCAUUAGUCUUAAUAUUCUUGUUUCUAAUUAGUUUAAUUACCCCAGUCCUACCACUUACAACUUACGAGUUAAGAAAUAGUGCAGGAUGUGUUUUUGUUUAUAUUCCUAGCCCCAGGGUGGGUAGAAGGGCAGUUUCCUGAUUCUAAUGUAAAUACAUUUAGCUUAACAGGCAGGGGGAAAAAAAGCUGCGCUUUGCCAAUUCAGUUUGAAGCAUUGCCUUUAGGGGGGAAAAAGGCACAAAAAGACUUACUUUUAAAUAUUUAAAACUGGCUAUCCUGAAUGAACUGUUUGUCUUCAAAUUGCUCCCAAGAAGUUGGAAAUAAUUCUUCAGCAAACUGAAGGGCAAUAGAACUUCUAGCUGAAUGUAAAUGGAAAGUAACAGGCAUUUGAGACUGUGAAAGAUUUUUCCAUGUUGUUGCAGGUGUUCUAGUUUGCUUAAGCAGAAUCUUCUGUUUGAGGUCAGUUUUCUUCCCUUUUCUCUCUUCUGCAUAAGAGAAUUUCACCCUGAGUUUUUACAUACUCAAUUUUUUUCUGUACAUCUUUCUAUUUAAAUCAUUGUAUCUGAACCAGAUGUUUAAGCAGUUCAACAAAAUGAAGUAUUUGUGUUUUAAAUAAAGCUAAUGUAAGAAAUUUAA